AUGGCAUCCAACCAGGAGCAGGCGAGCUACCGCGUCGGCGAGGCCAAGGGCCACACCCAGGAGAAGACGGGGCAGGUGAUGGGCGCGGCCAAGGACAAGGCCUACGAGACGACCGGGGCGGCGCAGGCCACCAAGGACCGGGCCACCGAGACGGCGCAGGCGGCGAAGGACAAGACGACAGGCACGGCGCAGGCGGCGAAGGACAAGACGACAGGCACGGCGCAGGCGGCGAAGGAUAAGACAACCGGGACCGCGCAGGCGGCCAAGGACAAGACCGUGGAGAGCAAGGACCAGACAGGCAGCUUCCUCGGCGAGAAGACGGAGUUGGCCAAGCAAAAGGCCGCCGAGACCGCCGAGUUGGCGAGGCAGAAGGCGGCAGAGACUGCGCAGUACGCGCAGGACAGGACCUACGACGCGGCGCAGUACGCCAAGGACUCCGCCGUCGCCGGCAAGGACAAGACCGGCAGCGUGCUCCAGCAGGCCGGCGAGACGGUGGUGGGCGCGGUGGUCGGCGCCAAGGACGCGGUGGUGAACACGCUGGGGAUGGGCGGAGACAACACGAACAACAGCGCCACCGCCAAGGACACCACCAGCGCCACCGAGAAGAUCACCGGGGAUCACUAG